AAGGGAGAAGAGAAUUGUUCGAAAGCAGUACGAUAAUGGAGAGCGGAAGUAACCUGCAUACUCCGGGUAAUUACCCUGGUGGGGAUCGUCAGCAGUUUUGCGUUUCAUGGAACUCUCAUCAAUCAAAUAUGCAUAGUGCAUUUCCGAAACUUUUAAGUUCCGAACAGUUUGUCGACGUUACUUUGGCUUGUGAUGGAGGAUCAAUAAAGUGUCACAAAGUGGUAUUAUCCGCUUGUAGCGAUUAUUUGGAACGUUUGCUAUUGGAGAUACCAUGUACCCAUCCUAUAAUAUUUUUGAGAGAUAUGAGAAUGUGGGAACUUCAGGCUUUGGUGGAGUUCAUGUAUCGUGGUGAAGUGUACGUGGAACAACAGCAGUUAGGCAAAUUAAUGCAAGCUGCGGAAGUUCUACAGGUUCGUGGUUUAUCUACCCAAGGAAAUGAUGCUUCUUCAAGCGAAAGUAGUUCACAACAGUGUGACACGAAUGCUUCUGUUGUGCCACCUACAACUGCACAGCAAGAUGGAUCUGAUUAUAAAGGCGACGAAACUCCAUCCGAUGAUGGAACCUCGAGUGCUAACUUUCUGGAGGCUACAUCGAUCGCUGCGUCUAGCACGGCGAGCGCACCGUCGCACAGCACUACACCGGUACCGCAAAAUUCCAAUUCGACAAAUUUUAUGAACAUGGAACAUAGCGAAGCGUUACAACAUUUGGAAAAGGCACUUAGCGCUUGCGAAGCAACUCUGACUGAAACCCAGGGCAUGGUUAAAAUGGAACCGGACGAGCAGUUUACUCAACAGCACGAAGUCAAGCCAUACUCGAUCAGUAUGGUACAGAGCAGCAAUUGUAAUCCUAGUAGCCCGUUUCCUGCGAUCGAAGGGUAUCAGAGACGACAACGACGCUCAGAAGAAGAAUUGAAGCAAGCUUCGGAUAUGGUAGCGCGCGGUAUGACGUUUCAAGUUGCUUCGGAAAAGUACAAAAUUCCGAUAAGUACGAUUCGAUUCUAUAUGGUUAGAAAAGGUAUAUUACAAAGGCGAAAACGCGGUCGUGGCUCAAGUAAUCUUGGCAUGAAUAGUCAACCGGGAAGUCCCGCGAGUCCGCCAUAUCAUAUGAUGAACUAUCGUUUGCCAGAAAGCCUAAACUCCAGCCUACCGUAG